UAUCGGUCGAACAAAACUGCUGAAGCAAUAUAUAUUCUCCUCCUCGAUCCAUCCAUAUAUCCAUCUGUAGUAUUUUUGUGUGAAUUGAUCGAAGCUUUUUGGCGAUGGAUUUGUUCAACUCUCUCUUGAAUUGGGUGGUGCCUCCGGCGAGCUUGGUGAUGCUAGCCUUCGCAUGGCCAACCCUGUGUUUUAUCAAUGCUUGUGAGUGGCUUUACAAGUCCUUUAACAGUGAAAAUAUGGAAGAUAAAGUGGUUAUAAUCACUGGAGCUUCCUCUGGAAUAGGGGAGCAAAUAUCAUAUGAAUAUGCAAAGAGGGGAGCAAAUCUUGUAUUGGUGGCAAGGAGAGAGAAUAGGCUCCGAGUGAUCAGUGAAAAUGCGAGGUUCAUGGGUGCAAAGCAUGUCACCGUUGUAGCUGCCGACGUUGUCAAGGAAGAUGAAUGUAGAAGAUUUGUUAAUGAAACAAUAAACAUCUAUGGCCGUGUGGAUCAUCUUGUAAACACAGCAAGUCUGGGACAUACUUUCUACUUCGAGGAAGCGACUGAUACAUCUGUGUUUCCACAUUUGCUGGACAUAAAUUUUUGGGGAAAUGUUUAUCCAACAUUUGUUGCUUUACCUUAUCUACACCAGAGCAAUGGUCGAGUCAUUGUUAAUGCAUCAGUGGAAAACUGGUUGCCUCUGCCAAGAAUGAGUUUGUAUGCUGCUGCCAAGUCAGCUCUUGUAAACUUCUACGAGACACUCAGAUUCGAAGUGAAAGAUGAGGUUGGAAUUACAAUCGCAACACAUGGUUGGAUUGGGAGUGAAAUGACUGGAGGCAAGUUCAUGCUAGAGGAUGGUGCAGAGAUGCAAUGGAAGGAAGAAAGAGAAGUACAUGUGAGUGGCGGAGCGGUGGAGGCGUAUGCAAGGCUGAUAGUAUCUGGGGCUUGCCGAGGAGAACCAUACGUGAAGUAUCCAAGCUGGUAUGAUAUAUUCCUCCUCUACAGGUUUUUUGCACCAAACAUUCUGAAUUGGACGCUGCGCAUUCUUCUCGCAACGCAUGGUGCGAGAAAAACAUCUCUGGUGGGCACGGGGAGGCCCCUGUUGGAGUACACUGCAAAGCCUCUAUUGGAAGGCACCCCUCCAAGGAAGCAGCUUCUUGCUAGUCCCACUCAGUACUACUCGCAAUCAUACAGCCCCCCGCAGCAGCUAAAAUGGGAAUGAAUGAAUUCAUGCUUUCACAGCUACAUCCAUGCAUGCAUGUACGUAGCAUCUAUAAAUAGAACAUUCGGCGUGUGUUAAAUCUGUGUUCUAGCUGUCAUGCUGGAAAUUUGUGACGUACGUACAGAUAUUUCUAAUUUUCUAUACUCUGUUUAAUUAAUAAAAGAACAAA